AUGGAAUCCCAUGGAAACCCAAACGAGAAGCAAUCUUCGUCGUCUCUUUACCCCACUGUUGACAUGUCGAAUCCCGAAGCUCCUCGUAACCCAAGUUCCUCCUCUUCUACUAACAAUCUCUAUCCUUCGAUCGACAUGAACGAUCUCGCCAGCAAUCUCUUCCCUGAGCAACCGGAGACGAGCUCCGUCCCAAUCUCGGCUCCUCCGGCAGCGACGGAGGAGGUGAUUCUGAGAAUCUCCGGCGCGAUUCUCCACUUAAUCGACCCAUCCUACAGCGUCGAGCUCGCUUGCGGCGAUCUCGCGAUCAUCCGUAUUGUUCAAGACGGAAAUGUCGUCGCCGUUCUCGCUCGCGUCGCCGACGAGAUUCAAUGGCCGUUGACCAAGGACGAGAACUCCGUCAAGGUCGAUGAGUCUCAUUACUUCUUCACCCUCCGGCCCACCAAGGGUUUCGGACCUGGCUCGAGCGACGAAGACGAGGACGGAGCGAAGAAGCCUAAGCGGAAGGAAGAAGAGAGCGAUAUGUUGAAUUACGGACUCACAAUUGCUUCAAAGGGGCAAGAGCAUUUGCUGGAGGAGCUCGAGAAGAUCUUGGCGGAUUACAGCUGUUUCACGGAGCAGCAAGUUUCAGAGGAAGCGAAGGAAACAGGGGAAAAGGUUUUGGAUGUGACGGUGGCGAGAGAGACGUCUCCGGUGGAGCUUACUGGGGAGAGGAAGGAGAUUGUGGAGAAGCAAUGUGCGGCGUAUUGGACGACUUUAGCUCCGAAUGUGGAGGAUUACAGUGGGAAGACGGCGCAGCUGAUAGCAGCUGGCUCUGGUCAUCUGAUCAAAGGGAUCCUCUGGUGUGGAGAUGUGACUAUGGACCGGCUCAAGUGGGGGAAUGAUUUCAUGAAACGGAGGUUGAGUAAAGGUGAGAAGGAGAGUGAUGUUCACCCUGACACCUUGAAAAGAAUCAGAAGAGUGAAGAGGAUGACGCAAAUGACGGAGAGUGUGGCAAAUGGGAUUCUGUCUGGAGUGAUUAAAGUUUCAGGCUUCUUCACAAGCUCAGUGGCGAACACAAAAGUAGGGAAGAAGUUCUUUAGCCUUCUUCCUGGAGAAAUCGUUCUUGCAACUCUUGACGGAUUCAAUAAGGUAUGUGAUGCUGCUGAAGUUGCCGGAAGGAACGUCCUGUCAACGUCGUCCACUGUUGCAACCGAACUUGUUGAUCACAGGCAUGGAGGUAAAGCGGCUGAGGCAACAAACGAAAGUCUUGAAGCAGUGGGACAUGUGUUUGGGACAGCAUGGGCUGCUUUCAAAAUCAGAAAGGCUAUUAACCCUAAGAGCGUCCUCAAGCCUUCCACGCUUGCCAAAUCCGCCAUUAAAUCUGCAGCUUCUCAAAAGAAAGCCUAA